GCUGAAGGAGGAAGAACGGGAAGAAAGGAACGGUCGCGCUGCCGUUCUCCGCCGGGUCAGCCCGCCCGGACGGCCGCAGGACUGAGCGGCGGACGCAGCCCCGAACGCGCACGGACGGACGAGGGCGAUCCCCGCCCCGCGCGUGGCUUUAGGCGCGAGCACCGCGCGGCGUUAAGCGCUUCUCUCGGCUGGCCGCUCCGCAGCGAGGCACGGGAAUAUGCUGAUGAAGGAGUACCGGAUCUGCAUGCCGCUCACCGUGGAGGAGUACAGAAUUGGGCAGUUGUACAUGAUAAGCAAGCACAGCCAUGAGCAGAGUGACCGAGGUGAAGGUGUCGAAGUGGUGCAGAAUGAACCUUAUGAAGACCCAAACCACGGCAACGGCCAGCUAACAGAAAAACGUGUCUAUCUCAACAGCAAACUACCUAGCUGGGCUAGAGCAGUCGUUCCCAAAAUAUUUUAUGUUACAGAGAAGGCUUGGAAUUAUUAUCCAUAUACAAUCACAGAAUACACAUGUUCAUUUUUGCCUAAAUUCUCCAUUCACAUAGAGACAAAGUAUGAGGACAACAAAGGAAGCAAUGACAGCAUUUUUGACAAUGAAGCUAAAGACCUGGAGCGAGAAGUCUGCUUCAUUGAUAUUGCCAGUGAUGAAAUUCCUGAGCGCUAUUACAAGGAAUCAGAGGAUCCUAAAUAUUUCAAGUCACAGAAGACUGGGAGAGGCCAGUUAAAAGAAGGCUGGAGAGAGACCCAUCAGCCAAUUAUGUGUUCCUACAAACUUGUGACUGUGAAAUUUGAAGUCUGGGGACUUCAAACCAGGGUAGAACAAUUUGUACACAAGGUGGUCAGAGAUAUUCUUCUGAUUGGUCACCGACAGGCUUUUGCCUGGGUUGAUGAGUGGUACGACAUGACAAUGGAUGAAGUCCGAGAGUUUGAACGAGCAACUCAGGAAGCUACCAACCAGAAAAUUGGCAUUUUCCCACCUGAAAUAUCUAUCUCUAACAUUUCCAUGCCUUCUUCAACCCGCAGUGCUCCAUCUAGUGCUCCAUCAACUCCUCUCUCUACAGAUGCUCCUGACUUCCUAACAGUUCCCAAAGACCGGCCUCGGAAAAAGUCUGCACCAGAAACCCUCACUCUUCCAGAUCCAGAGAAAAAAAAAAAUUAAAUUAACCCAGCAUGAUUCCUCCUGAUAAGCCAUGUCUACCACAGCAAGAGUAACAUAUUGUAGUUUCUAGGAAGCUCAUGGUGGUUGGUUGGUUGUUGAUGUUUGGAUUUUUUCGCUUAAAAUAAUUUUACUGUUGUGGAAAGACUGUUUCUUUCCUCAGACUUGAUCCUCAUAAUCUUCAGAGAAGUGCAUGCAAGAAAACAUAGUUUAUAUAUCUGACGUAUUGUUCCAAGCCAUAUGGUACAUCUCACUGACAUGCGGUGAAAUCGUCUGAGGGGAACCCUAUAAAAGAAAAUAAAUCUUUCUGUAGCAGUAUCUCUAUGUACAAAUCCACAUCUAGGUCAUAGCAUUUAUAUUUAGGAAUAGGUAUUUAGUAAAGCUGCCAAGGACUUCUGAGGCAAAUCUGUGCCAAGCAGAAUGCAGGGUUAACAGGACAAAAAGCUCCCGUUUUCUUCUUUUUUAACUGAUUUUAAAAUCUUUCCUGUUCUCAGGCUUCUCGUGUGUAUUCAUAAACCUUUGACCUGCAACUCAUUGUACUUGAACACCAAUAGCAAUCACUCAGAUUCAUAUCGUGCUUAAUAUGACUCAGGAUUUGGGGCGUAGCUAACAAAGAUGAAACUUUUCAAACCUAAAAUGUCACUGUAUAAAGCCCCAAUUGUAAUUAAUUAUACUGACUUUGAGGCCAUUGAAGUAUUUCUAUCUUGCACAGAAUUUGUAAAAGAAACCACCUAUUUCUUGUAGAUAAUGUAUUUUAAUAGCUCUCCCCUGUCCUUUUGUGAUAACUUAAGUUCAUAUUGGUGUUUGUCAAUGGUGUUCUAUGUACAAGAUUGGGGAAAAAAAAGCAGCUAAAUUGAGCCAGUUGAGAAGGAGAACCAAUGAAUUCUGUCUUGUCCGCUCUGGAAGAAGAGUGGUAGUUACCCUGUAAGACCUUGAAUGUAAAGGAAAGAAAAUAUGAGACUCUUUUUUCUUUCCUGCCUCUCAUUUUUCCUAAACAGCACAAUCUCUGCUAUUAGAAAGCUGGCUCUAGGCUUUACCACUGUCUCUAGGGAAGAGGUGAAUAAAACAGUCACUUGAAAAAGCAAAUGAAUCUUGGGGCUGCUCGGUCCCACGUAGAGUGGCAUUAAGGAAACAGAAGUGCUCCUCCUGGUCUGCAUGUGAAAUCACUCUUCAAUCUCAGGAAUUAAAAUACAGAAAGGAUGCUUCCCAGUACGGAAGUGUAGAUUGUGGGGGGAAGAGAAAAUGAAUUUCAGAAGUGUUCUCUUCCUUCGUCCUUAUCAAAAAGUAAACUCAGUGAGAAACUUUCCCUCUGACCCCCUAUUUGGGGUGCUUUGUUCUCUUUCGUACUAAUUGCUAUUUAAUUAAUGUUGUCAGUAUCUAUCUCAAUUGGUAGCUGUAGUAGGCAUUAAAUAAGCUGGCUUCUAUUCCCAGUGAAUGAUAGCUAUUACCUGAAUCGUAUGAUCAAAGUGGGUGAUGUUUUGUACCACUGGUGAUGUUGUACAUGGAUGCAAAAAAGUCCUCCAGGACUGAACUAUCGUUGAAUAUUGAACAAUCAGUUUGGGGAUGGCCUUUUACCUCCACAGGAAGUUUGUGCCAUCUUCUCUGCACAAUGCUAUGAUUUGACUGGCUUAAAUGCACUGAACUUCUCAAUGGCUGUAGAUCCAAUAGAAGUCAUGUUGAAUGUGUGGUAUUUCUAGAGUAGUUGUAGUAGCAGGAAAGGUGAUUCUGCUGUCAGCCUGCACUGAAAACAAGUGUAUAUUUGUUUGAUAGUUAAAACUCCGUAGCUAGCAAAAUCCAGAAGCUCUUUGUAGGUUAGCUAUGAUCUGACAUCGUAUAUUUUCCCACUUACUGUCCAUGUGUUACGUUGUGUUUCCCAGAGGUUGUAAUUCUGUGUAGUUAGUAAACUAACAGGUGAUAAUUUUUCGUUUGAAAAAAGCUACUGUGAUGCUGCAAACAAAACUUUCCUUUGUUAGUAAAUGAUUUCAGCUUAAGAAGUGUGAAAAUUAAUUAAUAAUGAUUAUAACUGGUCGAAUCUUUUUAUUUUUUUUAAUUUAGUAGCAUGAUUGAAACAUUGGCUGAGAAGGGAAACUUUUGAAAAGACAAAGCAUUGUUUAUCAUAUUUUAUUUCCUAAAUUUAAUUUAUAUCAAAAUAGUUUAGGUCAGCUCCGCCCAUUGAUAGUCUUAUUUUUUAAUGAAUUUGUUGUUUGCCCAAGAAAAAAUUGCCCAGCUCAAGUCAUCAUUUCCUUAUGCUUACACGUUACUGUUUCUAUAUAGGUUUUGGCAUCUGGGUUUGACACAGAUUAUUAGACCAAAGCAGUCGUAUCUUUACUUGUAUUUAACUAAUUCAUUUCUAAUCCCACGUGGAUAUAUUGAUUAUCAUAUCAUGUAGGUUUUGGAGAUAAGGCAUGUGUGAUAAUUACUAACGUGCCUGAAUAGGACAAGCUUACUAGCUGCAUGACAAAUAUUAUGGAGAAAGAUGCUGAUCAUGUCAUGGAAAAAAUGCCAGGCUGCUUAAUGCUGUGUCUCCAUCUGCAUGUGCUGCUGCCAUAGCCCUACUGUCAUGCAGUACUGUUGUAGAAGAGUGCCAGAUUUAUUGACCAAACAGCCUGAAUUCACUGCUGGACAAAAUUAGGUUCAUGAUUACCCACAUUACCUCCUUUUUGCUCACUAAUGAAGGCAAAUAAAAAGAUCCAGAGUGUCUCAUUGCUUUGGGUAAGAAAAGUCCCAGGCUUUUUAUUGCCUGUGUUUGUAACAUCUGCUGUGUUCUGCUUUGUUUUCCCCACUAGUCGGCAAUUAACCAGAAUGUCCAGAAGAAUUUUAAAUAUCAUCUCUUUUCCUGUAUAUGGUUGUUUUGUUUGUUUUUUUUUUUAACAUUUUAAGUAGGAUAACAUUUUCCCAGCAAACACAAAAUCACAGAAAAAAAAAAAAAAAAAAAAAGAAAGAAAAAGAAAAGGAAGGUCAGAAUACCUCAGUAACAUCUUGAGGCAAAGGUUGUUUCCAUUACUGAUUUUGUCGCAGUGCUUUCUCUUGUAUUUUCAAGCUUUUUUAUGAGGAGAAAAACAGUAUUUUGCAGGUGUUACUUCUUCUUUUGCAACAAAAAAAUGACGUGGUUAGUGAAUAUGUUCUUAAGAGUGGGUAUGGUGGCACCCAGCAAAGCUGCAGAGGCACAGUAGCUGUGUGCUCCUGUUCUCUGCCACAGUGAAGAAUUACAUGAUGUAGCUCAUGUACAUGUACCGAUGUACAUGAUGUAGAGAAUACAGUUCAGAGCAAAUAAUGUGAUUAGUUUGUUUGGGUUUCUGUUAAAGCCUUCUCCCAGUUUUGCUCAUAUUUUUAUGUAUUUCAUAUAGAGCAAUUAAAAUAACUGACAAUUCAUUGCGGUCUUUAGAACGGUAGAUCUCCUAAUAAAUUCCAGAAGGAGGUACCUGUAAAGACGAUGAGGAGCAGCACGCUCCUGAAACUCACACUGAACAGGAUUUCUUAUGAAUGUAAUUGUCCAUUUUGUAAAUGACUGGAUAAAUCCUGUGGAAAGAAACUAUUUGACCUUAUUCUUUGGCUUUUUCGAUUAUUCUGGAAGGUGAUUUUGUCAUCUAGUAGCCAAUUUGCAUUAAUUGCUGCUGUAGAGAACUUGAAACAGCAAUGUUUGUUCCUUGACUUUUAUUUUGUAACAGGACUGCUAAAUUUGUUAAAACUGCUUUGAAGCUUGCUGCACUGUGACUUCAAAACAAUGUGUUAGCAUUUGAAAUACGCCAAACAAGUACGCUUCUUAAGAGUUAGCGAGCACAGUAGGAGAGAAUUCAUGAUCUUGUCAAUAGGAGCUUUUCUGUUUCCAUUGUUUGGACUUGUUUUUAUAUGUGUAAGUUAAAAUUGCUAAGUAAGUCUAACAAUGUCUUGCUUUAAAUGAACAGCAUGAUCAUUGAAUUACAAUCUCCUGUAGUCUUAUGGUGUCACUUAAAGAAGUUUCAUUGUUUUAUUUCAUUUCUGUGAUAAUUUCCUGUGACUCUGAAUGUCCAGUAAUUCAUUUCUUUUAUUCAGAACUAUGAUAGCUUCAUUAGGCAAUACAUUAUUACCAUCAGAGAAGGACCAAGUUUUGAAUUGCUCUGCAUGUUAAAUAAUGCAAGGCUAAGCAGGAGACUUUGAUUGUCAUAUUUUUCAUCCAUUUCACUUAGUUUCUGAUUUUUCCAAGUUAUUUAUUAUUUUUAAUAUUGUAUUUUUCCUUGUGUUUUGUUGUAAAUAAACUGCCAACAACUAUUCUUUACAA